AUGGUGCACCACCCUGACUCCCUUGUGGCCCGCAUCUUCGGCAACAUCUUCAUCUGGUCCAUCCUGGCCUACGGAGGCUUCUUCAUCUUGGCCUACAAGGAUUACACCAUCGGCUUCGCCCUCAGCGUCCUCGCAGCCUCCAUCGGCGUCGGCCAGUUCCUCCACCAGAUCGUCGCCUUCCAGUGGAUCUUUGCGUUCGUCAUCAUGUCGGUCCUCUUCGUUUCCACGCUCGCCGUCGCUGUGCCCGCCUGGACUGGCCGCGAGACCAACUGGGGCCGUGGUUCGGCUCCCGCCGAUGCGGAGCGUGCUCCUCUUCUUGCUGAUGACUAA